AUGAUCCACUUGAAACCCGGCUACCACACGGCACUUCUUUUGCCGGCUCAUGUCAUGAAUGUCACGCCGUGGUGGCAAUGGCAAGUGAAUCGUCUGAUGGAAUCACUCUCAACCAUCCUUUCGCGCUGCGUCGUUCGACCAGGUCGCCAAAGCGUCAUCAGACAUCGCUCAUCUUGGUCCCGUCCCGUCCGCCUGAUCCAACCCGGACUCCUGCUGCUCAUCUUCCAAGCGCUACCCCAACCCCCAGGCCCUAGGGUACUAUCGCCUUGGAGUCUUGCUGCUCAUCCUUCAAGCGCCUCCACCCCGAUACCAUCUGAUGCCUGGGACGCCAUCGAUCUUGCCCAAGAAUUUCGUAUUGUUGUAUUGCCGCGAAACUUACCAACCUUGGUUAUCGACCAUGUCAAUUGGGUCGGCCAACGGGACCUCGAUCAUGGUCGAGCUGGAACGAAAGAUUUGGGGUGCUCCAUUGAGACUGGUCUUCUCCCGAAAGAGAAAGAGUUGCCGGAGUUGUUGUGCUCUUGUCAAGACAAGAUGAAAGACAACACUGCCACCACCGACACUGCGUUUGAUGAUUUGCUAUAUGACAAUCGCUCUGAACAUCGAUGUCGGGAUGCAAGUAGGAUCCAUCAUGGGAUAUAUCGAGACGAUGUUGGAGGUUGCGAAAUGACUGGAAGUGGCAGGAACAGAUAGAGUUGUACAAGAG